AUGGACAUGAAGGAAAAGUAUUCUACUUUGCAUGACUUAGCAAACACAUCAGUAGUACAUAAAGUUAAAAUCAAGGUUAUUGACAAGUCCAGACCGUUUCAAUCACCAGGCAAAAAGAAAUACCAACGUCUUCUGCUGCAAGAUGAAAAGGGUGAUGUUAUGAGAGCAACCCUCUUCGAAGUUGACAUACAAGCUCAUGAUUCUUUAAUUAAACAGAAUCAUGAGUAUCUGAUUUCAAAUCCUACAUUUAAGGCCGUCGACGAAAAGUACCAAACCAGAACUGGGGAAUAUCAAAUGACAUUUAGUAAUUGGACUGUAAUUCAAGUCAUUGGUUCCUCUUCAAAAGCUUCCGGUCCGGUCUAUCAUUCAAUAGCAACUAUUCCAAGAACAGCAAGUCCUUAUGAUAGAUUUAGUACAUAUAUUCAAUAGUUCUAAUAUCAUUUAUAUCAAACAUAUUUAAUAUCUUAUGCGUAUAACUACAUAUAAGAUAUAAGUACAUUAUCAAGAAAGUAAUUUAUCACCAAUCAUUUAUUAUUUAGAUAUAAUUGGUGUUGUUCUUUUCAUUGGAGACAAGCGCAUGGUAAAAGGUGCAUUUGAGCAACAAACAACGUGUCAGAAAUUAUUAUCGUUGAUCAUA